AGCUCGGGUCUUUUUUGCUCUCAUUCAUCUUCACAUUGUGGUGUGUUUUUAUUUCUUAGCUUUUCGCAUGGUUUUAAUUGCUUAUGGCAUUUUGUGUACUUUGUAGACUUUGUCAGCUGAAGCAAACUAUGUUGCCUUAUUUGGUGUCGGAGAACCGCAGCCUUCUUUACAACGCCCACAAUAGGGCUAAAGCGCCACCUGCUGUAAAACGAAUGAAAUGAUUAGUUCAAGAUUCGUUCACGACUCGUUCAUUUUACUGUUCGAGAGUCAAAGAUUAGAAUCAAUAAAAAGACUCGGUCUUCCCAUCACUAUCAUUAUGCGAUGCGGAAUCGAAUCUGUAUUCCUGUUUCCGAACUGACUUUCGACACUCUUAUUUUGUAAUUCUCGGAAACAGAACAAUUAAAGUUGAAACUCACUGGGCCUGGUUGCUGCCAUGUUAUGCGGGAGUUACAUGGUGUAUGCAAAACAGUAGCGUGUAUUUAUGUGUGGUUUGUUGCUGGUGAAAGUACCACAGGGGCUACAUGAGCGGAUCAGAGCUGCCGCGGAGGACUUCCUGCAGCAGGUGGAAAAGGGGAACGAGAGAACGCUGAGAGAGCUGCUCACAAAACGGCUAAAGGCGAAGGAAAUGCGCGAAUCCGCAACUCAGUAGCAAGACAGCCUUGAGAGGUCGGAGCUGUAGACCUGCCGCCAAAGUAGGCCGAGAUGAAGCCCGAAGUCAGGCUGCACACAGCAGGUGACCAACAGCUGUUGGUUAUUAAAGAAGAGGUUUUUCCUGAACAGAGAGAGUGGAAAACUGAUGUGAAACAAGGGCCAGGUUGCCCUGACAUUAAAGAGGAAGAGGAAGAAGUGCACAUAAAGGAGGAGAAUGAGGUCAUUGCUGUGAUUGUGAAGAGCGAGGAACAUGAAGAGGAACCUGAGUCUUCACAGCUUUAUCAUCAGAGUCACCUUGAGAAGAUCAAAGAUGACUGGGAAGGGUCAAAUCCAGCAAGGAACUUAGGUCCAAAUCAGGAAUUGGGGCCAGUCAGUGAAGAGGAGUAUGAAGACUGUUCUAAUACUGAAAACAGUGAAGAUGAUUGGAAAGAGACCAGUGAACCUGUAAUGAAUAAAACAACUUCUAAUGAUACUGUGGGUGACAUGUAUCAGAAACUCAGUCCUGAAUUUAAGAAAGCAAUUGCCUUCAAGUCAAAUAUGCUACAACAAAAAGAAAGGGAAGAGAAGCCAUUAAUUUACUACCAUUGUCAGAAAGGUGUUAAUCAGAAGAGCAGCAUAAAGGUACAAGAAAAAAUUAAUUCAAAAGAAAAACUAUUUUGUUGUAGCUACUGUGAGAAAAGUUUCAUUAACAAAAGUACUUUGAGGAAACAUGUAAAAAUUCAUACAGGAGAGAAACCUUUCAGUUGCCCUGUUUGUGGUAAAUGUUUUAUUACUAAAAGUGCUCUUACAAAACAUGAAAAGAUCCAUACAGGAGAGAGACCAUUCGGUUGCACUUACUGUGGGAAAAGAUUUAUUAUGAGAAACACUUUGAGGAGACAUGAAAAAAUCCAUACUGGCGAGAAACCUUUUGGUUGCUCUUACUGUGGCAAAAGGUUCACGUUGGAAGCUGACCUGAGGAGACAUGAGAAAAUUCACACAGGGGAAAAACCCUUUAGCUGCUCUUUUUGUGGAAAACGUUUCACUCAAAAGGGGAAGCUUAUAAUGCAUGAGAGAGUUCACACGGGAGAGAAAUUAUUUAGUUGCACUGAGUGUGGUAAAAGAUUUGUCCAUAAGUGCACACUCAAGUCACACAUUAAAAUGCAUACAGACAAGAAACCAAUUAGUUGUACUGAAUGUGGGGAAACAUUUAUUGAUAAGCGCAGCUUGAAGGUACAUGAAAAAAUUCAUACCGGAGAGAAGCCCUUCAGUUGCUCUGAAUGUGGGAAAAGGUUCAUCAAACCCUCACAUCUUAAGUUACAUGAAACAACACAUACUGGAGAAAAACCUUUUAAUUGCUCUUAUUGUGGAAAAGGCUUUGUUAAAAAAAGUAACUUGAAAAGACAUGAGAUAGUACAUACAGGAGAGAAACCAUUUACUUGUUCUAACUGUGGGAAAAGAUUUGCAGCAGAGACAGAUCUUAGAAGACAUGAGAGAAUUCACACCGGAGAGAAACCGUAUAGUUGCUUAGAAUGUGGCAAGAACUUUACCGAAAAGGGGAAACUGAAAAUGCAUGAGCGAAUUCAUACAGGAGAGAAACCCUACAGUUGCACUGAGUGUGGGAAAAGAUUUGCUCAUAGACUCUAUUUGAACUCACAUCUGAAGAUUCAUACAGGAGAGAAAACGUUCAGUUGCUCUUACUGUGGAAAAAGAUUUAUCCAGAAGGGUGCUCUGAGGACACAUGAGCGCAUUCAUACCGGAGAAAAACCGUUUAGUUGCUCUGAAUGUGGAAAAAUCUUUGCUCAACAGAGCAGCCUAAGAAGACAUGUGAAAAUACACGAAAGAAGAGUUUAGUUGCCCUGCACCACAAUAGGAUCUCAUGAUGAGAAUUGUUUUUGAAAAGAAUUGCAAUAUCUUAAGUAGUUUUAAAUUAUUUAGUGUAGGGCACUUGCUUUUUUACUCUUCAAAUGGCCUUAUCUCUUGUCAAAAGAAUAUAGAGUUGGAGGUAUAUGAGCCCAACUUUACAUUUUACAACCUGGAAAUUGUUGUUGUUUACUUUCUUUCGAAUUUAGAUUUGGGAUAAGGUAAAGAGCCUAUCCACAAUGCUACACAUGCUCUUAAUAAAUAUUUCAAUAUUUAUUUAU